AUGGUAUAUCGCUACACUCUUCCGGCUCAGCAUAGCCCAUAUGCUUGUCAGCAGCGUGAACUGUCGCUUCGCAGCCAGACAAUUUCCAACGCCAUUGCGAGCACUCCUACUCUCAAGCGGGCAAGUCUUUACACACAGGAAUUUCCAACCUCGAAAGCUCAUCCUCUCAACCAUCAGCCAUGGGUUAAGCAGAUCGACAAGGAGAAUGUGAAGAUUACGACCUACCCAGUCUCAUCGAAAAAUACUUUCGACGAGGACGGGCGCCAAUAUGAUCCGGCCGAUCCCACAACUUGGGGUAUCAAACCACUUCCACCACUUCCAAACGAUGGUAGUUCGAAUUCGCACAAAGCUUCCUCGAUCUUGUCCAGGCCAGAUGAUGAUGCCGCGAUGCUUCUGAGCCCAGCCAUGCAACCAUACACGGAGUCAGCGGGCGUCCAAAAUCUCGCUCAGCUCAUUGGUGAUAAUCUUCGAAUUGAUGACGAGCACAUCGAGCACGCACAGCACCGCACCACGUCAUCUUCUUAUCACGACCCAGAGAGCGAGCCUUCUCGAGUGGAGUCUCCGAUAUCGAACGGACAUGCGAACGUUCUUACUGCCACAAACCUUGCCAAAUUUGGCAAAACAAACGACAGGCUCUCAAAUCUUCGCUCUGGAUCACCCUCGUCAGCAACGGGAGAGCUGAUUCAGCAAGACGGUAUUGAUCCUCAGCACGAUUCAUCCUCGGUAGUCAAUGGCUAG